UCUUCACGACACCUUUGUUCUUUAUUUCCUUUCUACAGCUUAGUACCUUGGGGUCUGUUGUUAACCGAUACUGUUUUUGUUAACCGUGUCAUCCCGGUGUCGUGGCGUUUUGCGUGGAACACUGCAACCAGUUCAGUUCGCCAGAGAUCUCUUGGCAUUUUGCGGUCUCGUGGCCCUUUGCGUGAUGAGCACUCUGUAACCAGUUCUGUCCUCCAGCCUGUCCCGCGUUUCUGGCGUCCUGGGGAAAGAGCAGGAUCUAAUCCAGGAUACCCCGUGGCAUUUAGCCACGAAGGUUUUCAAAGUUGUCUACUGAACCUCCAGCCCAGAAUGACUACAGACCACAGGAAAAAGUGUCUUCUCCCAGGUCCCCUCUCUCGCGCCGUGUGGCGAUAGCUUUGGGACUUCUGAACGCCCUUCUUAUGUGUUUGCUGAUUGUCCCGUGGAUUCUGUGCCAAGGUUCCACUCAUGCCAGUUGUCCUAGUUGCCCAGACUUCUGGGUGAGGUAUGGCGACCACUGUUACUACUUCUCAGUGGAGAAAAACAACUGGGAUUCUAGUCUGGACUUCUGCUUAGCUGAAGACUCCCAUCUCCUUAUGCUUACAGGCAACCAGGAAAUGAGCCUGCUUCAACCUCUCCUCAAAGAGGACUUUUACUGGAUUGGUCUGAGGAACAAUUCUGGCUGGAGAUGGGAAGAUGGGUCAACCCUAAACUUUUCAAGGAUUAUUUCAAACAGCUUGAUACAGAAGUGUGGUACCUUCAGCAAAAGUGGUUUCCUAGGCUCUAGCUGUGAGGCUCUUUUACGGUGGGUCUGUAAGAAGGUCAGACUUUGAUGGGUGGAUCUGUCAUAUGGCUCCCUAAAAAGGGGGAGCCAGCCUCUGGGUGCUGGGAUAGUCAUGAGUGUAUAUUUAGUGAAAGCCGAAGCUUCUAGAACAUGGCAUUAGAUGUAAGAUUAAUGCGAUUUCCCUGGGACUGAUGGUUUAUUGCCGGACUCUCUUUGAGAACAGUUAGAUAUUAACAAUUUAAAGAUCAGAUCUAGGAAAAUUUGUGAAAGAAAAUAUUGUUUUUGUACUUCUCACAGUAGUGACUGAUGCUGCCUUCUUCACCCCCAUUCCCACCAUCUCUGUCAAAAAUGUACCUUUUCUGUGUUAUGGUCUGAACUGGUCCGACGAUAUCCAUGCAAAUAUAUACUAUUGCUAAUGUAUUACAGAGUUUUGAUGUGUGCUAAUAGGCUGGCAUGUUACUUAUCCCUGAUAAUAUGUUUUUCUCCUAACAAUGGCCCUUUGCAAAUAAAGCUUUAUUCUAAAGAAUACUGCCAAUAGUGACACGUAGAAAGUGGAUAAAAACAGGGUGAUGCUUUCUGCUUCUCAGCUCUCUACCACUUAGAGACUUGGCCUUGGCUGAAUUUCAUUGUUCUGGGUAUGCGUACGUGUGGAUGAAUAAACCAAUGUAUGAGCAUAUUUUUCCA